CCGAUCGGUUUCGUCAAUCAAAAAUCAAGAUGCCGUCCUUCAAACCUUUCGCUAACGCAGGGAGCACUCUUCGGGGCCGGUUAAGCCCGUCUCUUCGGACCCGUAGCGGCGGGGGUGACGGGCCAAGCAGAUGGCUAAGUCCAGGACACGAGGAUCGGCCCAAAGGCUUCGCCUUCAGCCGCACUCCGCCGCCUCCUGGAGAGUCUCGAAAGUGGGAAGACUGGGAGUUACCGUGCUAUAUCACCAGCUUCCUCACUGUAGUUAUUCUCGGAGUGGGACUUAAUGCAAAGCCCGAUCUGACAAUUGAGACCUGGGCACACCAGAAAGCCCUCGAAAGGCUCGAAUUGGAGGCGGCGCAGCCCGUCGAGUCUGAUUGAAGAAAGGUCAUAUGUUUCUUCGUGGAGUUAUUAACUUGUGCAGGCUGCUGUUUCAAGCAAUAAAUGUAAUUUCAGUUGUUUAUCAACUUGAAAUUUGCGAACCGUUUUCUGUUUGGAAUGCUCUUGAUCAAGUUUCAUGACGUCUGAUUUAUAAAUGAUUUUCUAUCAAUUUUUCUUUUCUGUUUUCGUAAUUCAUUGAUGCAUUACAUUGGCUUGAAGUGUAAGCAGCGCAGCAAGCUCCUAGCUGAUAGAAAUCCGACUUUCCAGGCAUGGUCUCUAAGUUCCCAAGCCGGUGUCUGAUUUUCUGAUGAAUUGCUCUCCCUCCCCGUUGGAGCUUGCAUAUUUAAAAACAUAUGUUGGGCCGAUUUUCUGGUUAAAACGCUGUAUGUUCGGUUUCCUGCAAGUUUCAACAUUACCUGUAAUGUGUAUGUGCAUGUUGCUUUGUCGGUGAUCAAGGGAUUUACCUGGUUUUAUUGUUUG